CUGAAGCCGGGUGGGGUGGUCCGUCCACUUCUAGGCCCUUGAUACAGAACAAUGCACGUCAAGCAGACUGACAUGGGUCAUGGAUAUUGAAUCGGUGCGGCGCUGCUCUCUCCCCCCCCUGGCACCGCUUCUACGUCAAGUCUGCCAGACACUGGGCUUUAUGUCCUCGAGAGAAUGCCCACCUGAACUAGUGGCAAAGUUGGCACAAACUCCCCCAAACAAUGCCUCAAAUAUCGACCGCGAUUGAGACUGCGGCGGCCGAGGGUCGCAUACCCGCCGGGAUCACUCUGGAGUAUUUGGCCCAGUCGCGAGACCAGCCCGCAAAGAUCGCCAUUUUCUGCGUCAGUGCCCUUGCCACCGUCAUCGUCAUUGCCCGGUGCUACGCCCGGCUGUUCAUCGUCAAGAAGUUUGGCUGGGACGACGCCUUGGCAGUCCUCACUGUGUUGAUUUACUUCCCGAUCGUCGCCUUGUGCAUGGUCUUGAUUGAUCUGGGCAGUGGCCGACACAUCGAGUACAUCGAGUACGUUCUGUCUCUGACCCAGGUUGACGAGACCGAAGUCUACGACUUCGUCAUGCACGUCCUGUAUACGACCGCCCUGUUCACCUGCCGCCUGUCCGGACUGGCCUUCUACCAGCGGCUGGCAUCGUGCCAUCGGAAGAUCUCGCUGGCCAUCAAGGGCUCCGCCGGCUUCCUCCUGGCCGCGUACCUGGUCCAAUUCCUCCUCCUGCUCUUGCACUGUCUCCCCGUGACCGGUCUCUGGCCGUAUGCCUGGCAGCCGCAGAUCAACGAGUACCAGUGUAUCACCUGGGGGGAGGUGUACGUGGCCAAUUCGGUCCUCUCCUUGAUCUGCGAUCUGAUGAUGUUGACGCUCCCGGCCCUGUUGAUCCACGGGCUGCAUGUUUCCCGGAAGAGAAAACUCGAGCUGUCCCUGAUCCUGUUCCCCGGUGUCUUAGUCCUGGUCAUCUCGUCGGUCCGCAUGUACCUCGUCUUCAUCGGCCAGUGGUCCUCCGACGGCAGUUGGGCAUAUGACCCGAUGCUGGCGAUCGAAACGUCCGAGAUCGGCAGCACCCUGAUUGCACUCUCCACCCCCGCCCUGAAGUCGUUGUUUGGGACCUGGCUUUCACACCUCCAGGUCUCCCCGUCGGAAGGGCCGAGCUGUGAGGCCGGAGUGAAGCUGGCCCAUCUGGCCCCGUACCCCGGGGAAGACACAUACCAGGUCAGCAUUGGAGCGGGCGAGAAGGCGAUGCAGGCGGGGACCACGCCGAGCUCGUCGGAGGACUUGCUACUGGACGGGAGCUUUGUCCAGG